ACUCCAUGCCCGCAGAACGGACCAAUGGAACCGACGGCGUCUGUUUUUUCGGCAUUUUGAUUGCAAAAUGCUAGAAUAAACAAAUGAAAACUAUUUAACCGCGAUGGUGAAGAGUCGCAACGAUUUUAUUCCUCCAGAAACGCGAUCAAAAUCAUCGUGACGAAUAUUACAACGACACAUCACCUCCUUUCGCGGCCUAUCCCGUUCGAUGCGACAGGUUCAGCCGGUUCAGGUGUUCGUACAACAGCCUGCCGUUUCGACGUCGUGUUCCGUUCGCCAUAUUUUGCACCAGCGGUUCGUGAUAACUCGUUGAUAACAAUAUUACGCGGGGCGACGCACCACGCAUUACAGCACCUGUUACUACUGCGGCAGCACCACGAGUUGCGUCAACUGUUGAGUUGAACGUUCGUUGUUGACACGUUUUUGUUUUUUUUUCGGUCCGCUCGCGUACUCCGUUUGCGUUUCACCGCCGAUCCCCGCGCCAUUGCCACCGCUCUGGGAAAGCCGAAAGCGUUGUCGUCAGUUCGAUUAGGGUGCUAUUGGUCGACAGUCGGGUUAAUUAGUUUUUUGAAUACCGUCAACUGCUGGAGCCAAAGCGUCUGCACGCAUUUACGUCACAUCGUAUUUUCGUUGACGCGUAUAAUCAUCGUUCGGCUCCUACAGCCGUUAGACUGCAAUUUAAUCGUUUUCCGACAUGGCUUCAAAUAACUCGAGCAACCGUGGUGCGGAUGAAUUUGAACUUACGCCGUAUGAAUUACAAAGGACUCCUCAUGAAGUUAUUACAGAUGAUACAGAAAUCUCUGUACCACUGGAGGCUCUUCACAGUGAACUGAAGUGCCCGAUUUGUUUGGAUUUAUUGAACAAAACAAUGGCGGCCAAAUGUCUUCACAGAUUCUGCUCUGAAUGUAUUGGGACUUCACUUCGCGCAGGUAAUAAAAAUUGUCCUACGUGUCGUAAAAGAUUGAAAUCGAAACGAUGUCUGCGACCAGACCCAAAUUUUGAUUUGCUCAUAUCUGCACUUUAUCCAAAUCGCGAAGAAUUCAAUGCGCAACGAGAUAAAAUUAUGGAGAACUUAAAUCAAAGUCAAAGUCAAAGUAAUAUGGUUAAGUCCAUAACUGAAGGAUUACAAGAACAAAAAAAAAACCGUUCGUACAAUACUAAAAAUAAACGAAGGGCCCAACAAGCUAAAAAAAAAUCAUUAAAUAAUUCGGCACCAUCAACUUCAAGUCAAGUGGACAAUAAUGUGACAGCUCAAACAAAUGGAACUAAAAAAAUGAAGAUGGAUUCGACUUCUGUUACCUCCAAUAUCACUGAAUGUGAUGGUGCAUUUAAUAGUAUGUCAUUAAAUGAUAUGGAACUCGUGCUUAAACCUCUUCCUAAGGAAAUGCAUAAUAAUAAUCAACUAGAAAAGGGCUUAAACAAAACUGAUCUACGUUAUAUAAAAGCACCACCUGCUUCUACUGUUGAACACUUGAGAAGUUAUUUAACCAUGCGGUUAAAUUUAGAUCACGGUAAAGAACUUGGGAAUAAUCAUGCGACUGUUCUAAUCUAUAUUUCACAAACUGCUGAUCAAUAUGUACUCCUCGAUAACAGUUUAACACUUCAAAAUGUUCAAGAGAAAUUUUGGAACGUCAAGAAAGAGAAACCAAUGGAAAUUUUUUACUCUUAUAAAUAAAUUAUCAACAUUAGUUGUAUAUAUGAAAGAGUUUUCAACAAAAAUUAAAAUGUAU